AUGACUACUUCUAUAUUUCCUGCUGAUUUCAAUUUUUUCCUUCAUAAUUCUUCUUUAUUUUCACGCAUUUUUUCGGAUAGUUCUUCUUUGGGAGCAUUGGAAAAGUUUUCGAGAUCGUUUCCGAAACCACAAUUGCAUAUUGAGAAAUUGACAACUUGUCCGGAUAAAAUCAGAAAUACAAAAGGUAGUGUUUCAGUUUUAAUUUGAUUUGAAAAAUCCUUUGUGGGAUUAUUUUUAAUUUCAGUUUUUGGAGAUUAAUUUUUACGAUUUGUGGAUUUUUGUUUUGGAAUUUGUUGAAGAACAUUUUAUUAAUCUAAAAAUUCCAGCUUUUUCAGAAUCUUGAUUUUUUUUUUGAAUUAUCAAAAUAGAAAUGAAGGUUCUAAAGUUUUCUGAAAUUCCAAAAUUUGAGUGAAGGUUUUUAUUUAGUUUUAAAAAACGAUUCACAUUUUUUAAUGAAAAUAGUUCCAUUUGCAAAGUAAAACAUCCCCAACUCAUUCAGCUUUUGAUCCAAAUCUCCUAAUCAAAAUUACUCUUACAGUAACCCCAGUGGUCCCAUCACGAAAUCGUUAUGGCCGCCCAUAUAUCUCCGGCCGGCCUUUAUUAACCUGUGAUCGGCAGAAAAUUGUGGAAUGUUUCAAGCGUGGAAUGAAGAAGAUUCAUAUUGCUAAAAAACUUGGUAUAACUCAUAGUUGUGUUAGCAAAGUUUUGAGAAGGUUGGUUGUUUUUUUUCAAGUAUUAAAACCUCUAUUUUGAAUAAUAUGUCGAAAUUUAUUUAAAAAAAUCUACAGUAUGCUUUCACGAAUUCAAUAAAUUGAAUGAUUUAUGUCUUGUCGAAAGCAUAAUCCUAUCUAUUUACAAAAUCACCGAAAAGAAUGAAGAAAAUGAAGGUUAACGAGGUUCUUGUUUUGACGCCAUCAAAAUGUAUAUAAAUAUAUUCAUAAACUCAAUAGGGGCUGGGUUACUGUAGAUUUUAGAGAAACUUCAAAAUUCAGAAUCUUUAAAUAUCGUAUCACUAUUUUAAAAGUUCAGAAAAAAGUUCGCAUUUCGAUUUUUUAUUGGGAAAACGCGUGUAUAGCUUUCCACGUGAUAAAAAUAUAGUGAUAAAUUGCAUUUCUUAAUUUUCAGAUACGCUGAAACUGGUGAAGUUGUAGCAAAAGCUUGUCGAACUGCUUCUUGUUCUUGUCCCGGAUCUUCUGAAGAACAUGAUGCCAGAUACUGUAAACAUUUACAAGAACAACAUAUUCGACUAGAAUUUUCGAUUGAAAAGUUAGUUUUGGAUAAAUUGAAAACGAUUUAACUAAUUAAUGAAUGCUAUUUUCAGUUUGCUUCUCGAUCAUAAGAAUAAAACUGUGACAUAUUUUUCGAAAAUUUCGACGAGUUGAAUUCAAUGAAACAAUGGCUUUAUGUGAAAAUAAACUGUGAUAUGUAUCAUAUUUAUUGUAAAAAAUGACAUUUUUUACUUCUCUCAUAUAAAAUUUUCUAAUAAUUUGCAAAAUCCACGAGGAUCCCCUCGAGUUACAGAAAAUCCAUCUGAAAACUACGGUUUUAUUCGAAAAAUCAGAAAAUGUGUAAACACCGCGACGCACAACUGCACACAUUGCUUUGAGAAUUUUUUUUUCAUUUUUUUGCUCCGUUCAUUUGAAACGUUUUUCUUUGCAGAAAACUGGAGUUUUCAACUUUAUGAAUACUAUUCAAAAUAUCCAACAACUUCGCGAGUUUUUAACUGUUUAUAACACCUUAACCGAGCGUUGCUUCUCUGCCUGUGCAAGAGAUUAUAACACUCCCCAAUUGACAAAAGACGAGCACAGCUGCGUUAGUCAAUGUGAGAUUUUGUAGGGUUUUAAAUUGUCAUAAAUUUUGUAUCCUCUUAGGUAUUGACAAGCAGAUGCUAGUGAACCGACGUUUUAUGCUAGUAUUUGCCGAACAAGCCCCAAAAGUUUUAUUCAAACAAGGAGAACCUUCAGCUAUCGAAACAAUCACAUCAACUUCAUCAGUUGCUGUUAAACCAUCAGAAGAACCAAUUGCUACUACUUCAAUUGAAACACCAGAAAUCAAGUAUGUUAUCAAUUUCAAAAAUCUUUUCACACAUUUAUAAGUUUCAGACAAUGA